GGUAAGGCGACUCAAUUUGCACCUUGUUGAAUGCCGGAUCAUGUUGCCGGUUGCGACAGUCCGGACUGGCAGCCCAGCCGGGCCUUUGCAUCUGGUUGCUGCCGGCUUUAGCACCCACAGCAGUCACGUUUGCACCCGGAGUUUGUGGAGUUUGGCGGUGCCUGUCUGCCUAAGACCGCAGUCCUACCGAGUUCGCAGGCGCUGCAAAGCUGGCACAGGCCAACAGAGAGGAAGCAGGAGCAGGAAGGAAAGAGAGAACAAAGGGAAAAACAUGAAAAGUGGAGAAAGAGGAACCAGAGGAAGAAGAGGGGAAGAGGAAGAGAGAUGUAGACUGUUCGUGGACGGCGACGCUGUUGGUCUUCCGAUGAUCGAGGAGGCUGUCAGCAUGCUCCGCGGCGCUGGUUGGACGGUGCAUGCAGAAGUCUUCGCGGAGCCGCAGCGAUUGAGGAACUCCAUGUGGAGCCAGUGCCUGCAGGAGCACGGGUUCACGUUUCGCGGGGUUCCCCGCGAAGGUGGCUACCAGGACCUCAAUGAUGAAGCCAUUAUUGCUGCGGCUCGCAGGCUGUCCAGGAAGACCACCCACCUUUGCCUUGGCUUUCUGGUGCAAGAUGAGGAUUUCAUCGAUGUCGUGAGGGACAUGAGCGCCGCUGGUCACCAUGUUCUGGUUCUCGUGCCAAAGUGCUAUGCAGGCACAGUGAAGAGGUUCGAGGCGGUGGCCACACAAGUCUUGCCACUUUCGGGCGGCUACGAGGAGACGCGGGUCCUGGCGAUUCUUCAUCCCAGCGGCCAGGGGGAAGUCCAAAGGCGCACGGCCGUCCUCCCGCCACUUCUGCCCGAGUCGGAGAUGGAUGCAGUGCGCCACGUUCUGAUGGACACCGGGUUUUCCGCCCACCAGGCUGGGGCUUUCUCAGGCUUGACCAAGUUUUGGUACGCGAAUUCCUGCGGGCCGCUGGUGGUGUAUCCAUAUAGCUUUGCGUAUGAAGCUGUUGCCAAGCGCAUUCAAGAGUGCAGAGACGUUGGCUGGCGCCGGAGCACAAACAACUUGGUGUUUGUCCUUCCCUGGAGGCAUGGUUCCUUCAGCAAUAAAAGGAAGAGUGUCUUCGGCCACGUAAUGGCAUAUCGGAUAGUGAAGGGCGGCGGACCAUUCAUGCUUCCGGACUCUCGCAAAGUGGUGCUGCGCGUGCUUUCCAGGCUUGGCUAUUUUGACCGGCGCUGGAACGCAGAUGAGGCUGAGGCGAUGCUGACCUUUUGCAGAUCAAGUCGGAACAAGAAGAACCUUCGAAAACUGGGGCUGUUGCCGGAGGAAGGAGAUGCCAUUGCAGACAUUCGUGACAAGCUGCGAGCUGCCUUGCUGUCUGACGAGACACGUGGCCACUGGCAGCCAUCGCCCUCUGACCAAGAUGUGCAGGCGCGCCUUCGGAAGAAGGGGCUGUUGCAGACCCAAACGUCGCGAGAGGAGGUACUGAGGGCGAUGAAGGCGUUUGCCAGGAAGCUCAACCUGCCGCCCAUGAAGACGUACAACGGAUAUGCGGCAAGCUUGCUUUCACACAUCAACGCCAAGGAUCCCAGCCGAAGGGAUGUGAUCGAUUUGCGACUGAAGCGGGGACAAAGAGAGCGGGGAAAAGCCUGGCGAUAA